AUGUCGUCUAAAACAACUUGCCCCAACUACAAAGCUGUCGACCCCAACGGAGAAAUCUUAAAUGCCGAAAAGGCCUUCAGUCUAGCUGGUGUCGAUGGUGGGUUCUUUGAGCUUCAACCGAAAGAAGGUCUAGCAUUUGUUAAUGGCACAACCGUGGGAUCUGGCAUUGCCUCCAUGGUUCAAUUUAAAGCCAACGCUCUUUCUUUGUUGUCAGAAGUUAUGUCCGCCAUUUUCGCAGAUGUUAUGCAAGGGAAGCUGGAGUUCACAGACCACUUGAGACACAAAUUAAAGCAUCACCCAGACCAAAUUGAAGUUGCAGCAAUAACGGAGUACGUUUUGGAUGGAUCUGGUUACGUUAAAGCUGCAUAG